AUGGGGUGCGGAUGCGUUUCGCAGCACCAGGUUGGCAUCCCUGGUGGUGGACCUCGCCAGUUUCUGUACACAGCUACAGACAAGGAGUUCGUGCGAUCUCUGGACAAAGAGGAACUCAAGGACAAGAAGUUGCUGCUUAUGUACUUCCGCUUGGACAACGAGGGGCAUUUUGUGGUAACAGAUGGUUUUCGAGACUUGGUCCGAAGAAAAGGAGUACCAGACAGGUAUCGGUGGCGAGCUUGGCGGGCCCUCACAGGAUGGAGCGUCUUGUCCAAGCCCGGCUGGUACGAGAGGAUCAUGAGGAAAGUUCCAGAUGUCAAGACAGUCGAGGCAAUCGAAAAAGACCUCGACAGGACCUUUCCUGGUCUGGAGGACUUCGACGACAGAAAGAAAAGAGAAUUAGCUGCGAUGCUUCGAGCUCACUCGGGUCUUUUUCCGAGUGUCGGGUACUGUCAGGGUAUGAACUUCGUAGCUGGCUUCAUCCUCAUGGUUGCCGGACGUGUUCCAGAUGCACCCAAGGAUGCAUUUUUGCUGCUCGUGCAGAUGAUGGUAAAGUACCGAGCAAAUCUCUUGUUUUGCGAAGGUUUGCCACUCCUCAAGUUGCAUACGUUUCAGUAUCGAACGUUGCUACAAAGGCUUUUUCCAGAUGUUCACAGACACUUUCAAGACCAGCAGAUCACGCCGGAGUUAUACCUGACAAGGUGGAUACUCACAAUUUUUACACAGCCUCUGAGCUUCUCUUCAGCAGCGCGUGUUUGGGAUCUCAUAGUCUGCGACGGAUUACAGGCCGUCGUCCUCAUCGCAUUGGCAAUCGUCAAGCUGCGAAAAAACAGGAUUUUGCAAGAAGGAACUGAAGGGAUUUUGGACAUGAUGAGUAUGCGUGCUGGCGAUCCACUCGCUGGAGGCGACAUUGUCAAAGCGGCAUUAUCUCUGGAGUCGCAGAUUGCGCCCGGCAGCAUCAGUGAUGGGACGGGUGUCAGGCCAAGCCGGCUUUUUGCAGAGUGGGAGGCAGCCUGCCCAUCCGAAGUUGCUGAUUUUCAAAGGGCGGAAGCCGAGAUAUGUACGAGCAGAGAUGACUGGUAUCAGUCCGAGACCUCUCAUGACUCUGAAGCCAACAGUCCUGGUGAAGGAAUCCAGUGUGACAGUCCUAGUCCUCGUCCUGCAGAUGACAUGAUUGAGUCCAAUAGGUCAGAAACUCCCCAAGCUGGCAGCACAGCACCUGUUUGCUCAGAGAUGGAGGAGCUUCCUCUAGCUGGAGGAGAUGAAAGUGGCCAAGUGUCCCAGCAUACGAUAGCAGCUGAGGCAAAGGUGGCGGUGAACCCGUCGAUGCCGCUCAGAAAGCCUUCUAGGGCAACGCCGGGGUCCAGGGGCAACGGUGGCAAGCGCGGAGUUGAAAGCGAGCGUGGACGCACAUCAGGAAGUGUUCCAAAGCGUUCAUCUUCACUUGGCUGCCUUGUUGGGCCUCUUCAGUCCGGAGGGCCGCUGGUCAGCGAUGGAGAUCCACUUUGGAAUUCUCCAAAAUUUGUCAAGAGCAGCUCUGUCAAGAAGCUAGAUCCAACUGAUGCCCGCAGAGACGAGGCUGGGCACCGCCGGACACAGAGUAGUGCAGGACGGGAGUCUGGACCUCGAACCCUCAAGGCAUCGGGAUCUCCUCCGGCACCUGCUCCGGACAUUCGACGAGGCAAUCGCACUCCUGUGCGAGCACCAAGCAAUGGAUCAUGGACUUCAGGGUCUAUUGGCCGAAGCCGUAGUGGACUGGACUUGGAGGUGGCAGAUGAGCAUCGAGGCCUGGAAUGCAAGGCCAUUCCAGUGGCUCGGAAGUCUCGUACUUCUCCGAGUGCAGGGACAAAGCCUGCAACUGCUCCUUCCCCUGCGAUGAGCUCGCGGGAAGUUCUUGAGGACCUAUCGAUGCAUGGUCGCACUUGGCCCGAGCAAAUGGCAGGUUUGAUUGGUGGCAGAGACCAGGCAAACCAUGGCUCUUCAAUGCAAGACUCUUUGGCUGGAUCCAGGUCAGAGAGUGGGACCAGUGGACCUGAACCAAGCCCAUGCAAUGGCUUGAGGGGCGAGAGCACAGAGCGGAGUGCGAGCAAACCGCACGGCAGGGAUGCUGAGGAUCGACGGGUGCGCAGCCUGUCCCCACGACCUGGAGAUCGAAGCCAAUCCCCACUUGAUGCCGGAAGGUUACGUGGGCAGGAGGUUCAAGCCUCUCCGGCUAGAUCAAAGACGCUGCAGGCGCCCGACCGCCCAGACAGUGAAAGAUUUGGGGUGCAAAGCGAGGGGCAUGCAGCAACAGUGCGCUCAGAUGGGCGAUGGAUGUUCUACAAAGAUGGGAUUGAAGAAGAGCAAGUGGAAGGCGCCGCAGAAGGUCACCCUUCCAGCCCGUCUCAAAGACGAACAGCCUGGCACAACCCGCCGAGCGCAGCAUGGGGUUCUCCACAUAGUGCCUUUGACAGAGGAGCAGAUGGCGUACUUGGUACUCAGGACAACUCCAGCUGA